GAAACAUGCCUCGUGCGUGUCCGAGACAUGGAAAUGCUGUAUACGAGUGUCCUUUGCUAUAUAAUCUUCAACUUCUCGAGACUCUGGCUAAUUCAUCAGCUCGCCCCAACUUCACCACUCUCUUUAGCAGACUUACAACCAUCCUCCAGUGCUUCGGUACUAGUCAUUCUUUGGACCUAACCAUCACCAACCACACGCUCAUUCACUCUUCCCAACAACACGACUUCUUCCUCUUCUCGAUACCCCAUACCUACUAUUUCUAUCAUCCCAUCUUCCGAACCCCAACAUGCGCACCACUUUCUCCGCCAUCGCAGCCCUCGCCGCCGUUGCAGGUGCACAAUCUACUACCUCCAUUGACAUUGACGCGAUCUCCGUUGCGGUGCCUACUUCCGUCUUUGUCCUUCCUGUUGUCUAUGUCACUGCCGAAGGAGCUCCAACUUUGACUGCAACAACUCUCGCAACCACCGCUAUUCCCUCGUCUGACCCCAAGGCCACCGCAGUCUUUGAUUCCGCUGCUGAUGUCACUGCUGCCAUUGUAUCUGUUUCGGAGAGUGCUGCUGCCGUCGAGACUUCUAUCGUCAAGCGUGACGGCAGCUGUGUCCAGCAGCCUCUUGGGGUCAACCAUGCCUCGCUACCUGAUACUCCAGCUGCUUUCGCUGCCGAUCCCUACUACGGCAUCCAGGCUGUUAGUGCAGUGCUUCCCUCUGGCUAUGUCCAGACUUUCAGCAACUUGACCGCUUCCAACUCUGCUGACGGAUACAUUGGCUUCACCCUGAUGAACUCUUACGACGUCGCCACCUGUGGCAGCAAAUGUCUUACCAUCGAUGGCUGCAAUUCCUUCAACAUCUACUUCGAGAGAGAUCCUCAAGUCGACCCGUCCAUUGCUGGAUGCUCCAAUCCUAACAGUACUGUCAAUGUCAAGUGUGUCUUUUGGCAGGGUGCGGUCACUGUAGACAAUGCCAACAACUACGGUCAAAUGCGCGACGGCUUCCAGGUCGUGGUUGCUGGUAGCAACGGCUACAUUGCUUCUGCCUACGCUGCUAAGCUUGCUGCAAAGGCUACUGCUACUUCCAGCUCAUCGUCCGCUGCUGCUUCGGCCACUGAUGCUGCUGGCAACAUCUACACCAUCUACUACUCUUCCGACUCGACCCAGGGCUCUUACUCCAACGCUCAGGCUGCCAGCUCUUACACCGAUUGCAUGACUGCUUGCGACAGCGACUCCCAGUGCAAUGCCUUCACUUACGUUGGAGGUGCCAAUGGUGUUGGCUCGGGCACUUGCUGGUUGAAGUCGCAGCUUGGCUCUCCUUCUACUGCUGGCUCAAAUGUCCUCUCGGGUGUCCGUUCUGGCAAGGCCGUUUCUUCGUCCUCCAGCAGCGCUAUCUCGACCACAUUGUCUUCCAGCUCGGCAUCUAGCAGCGUUGCCUCGACUAGCUCCUCUUCUAGCAUUUCUACAACUACAUCAUUGUCUAGCUCGUCUACCAGCUCUUCGACUUUGGUGACCAAGACUUCAUCGAGCACUUCAGCGUCUUCCACUGUUGCCUCGACUAGCACCUCUUUGUCCACUUCCAGCUCUGUCGUCUCGACCACCAUGUCUUCAUCCUCGUCUUCAUCAAGCUCCUCUGCCACAACCAUGAGCACUGUCACCAAGCCUGCGUCCAUUUCAACCACCAGUGCAAGCAGUACCACCAGCAGCAGCACGAGCACAACUUCCUCUAGCAAGACUAGCUCGGCUCCAGCCUCAGCCACAACAGCCUUCUACAUUGCUCCCUGGGACGGCUACUACGCCAUGGUAGCUUGGGGAUCCAACGCAGCCGUCAGCUACACAAACCAAUGGAUGGCCACCAAAUUCCAAAUUGACCCCAAGACCAGCUACCUAAUUGAAGCCUCUGGCCUCUACACCGGCUACGCUGCCAGUAUGCCCAAGGGUGAGCAAGUCAACCAGAAGUUGGUGUUCAACCCUACUGGUACUGCUUCCAACAAUUAUGUCAAGUGCUCGAUUGAUGAGAAGGCUGGGUAUCUUGUUUGCUCUGCCAAUGGGCAGUUCCAGCAGGCUUAUGCUUGUUCGAGUGACGGGUACUCUGCUCUCUACUUUGGACCUACUAUUCCUUCUACUGGAGGUUGUCAGUGGGUUGGCUUGUACAGACAGUCUGCUUAGAUGGAUACUUCUUUGAUGAUUUAUUGAUAAUGUUGUUGUAUUUGAUGGGCGUUUC